AUGAAGAUUAUCGGAUCAGCCCGUGACCGAGGAGUCAGAGAGAGUUCCGCGAGUAACGGCAGGAGCGGCGGCCGGAGAAUGGCGAAGCUCUGCGGGAUCGUACUCUUCUUGGUACUGCUGUGUCUGGCGUUACUGAACACUUCAGCAUCUGGAGGACAGCCGAAGAAAAUCAGACAGAAGAGAGAAUGGAUUAUCCCACCCCAAAAACUGAUGGAAAAUAAGGACUAUACGGGUUGGGAAUACAUCGCCAAAAUCCGUUCAGACGAGGAGACCAGGAACAGUAUUCGAUAUUCACUGAUUGGAUCAGGGGCGAACCAGCCCCCCGUCCACCUGUUCCGUGUUAACAGUGAGAACGGCAUGGUCAGCAUACAUGGAGUGUUAGACAGAGAGAAAACUCCCGUUUAUUAUCUUCGAGGGGUGGCAGAGUUUAUGAAUGGGAGUAAAGCCGAGAAGGAUAUUGAGUUAAGAAUCGUGGUUCAGGACGAGAACGAUUGUACUCCGGUGUUCAACGUGACAACUGGAUCUGUUCCUGAGCUGAGCGGCAGAGACACGUAUGUAAUGAAGAUCACAGCAACUGACGCAGAUCAAGAAGGAACUCUGCAUUCGAAGAUUUCCUACAGCAUUGCUCAAGAGAGUCACGCUGACAUGUUCUACAUUAAUCGAGAGACUGGUUGGAUACACGUCAGGCAAAACACGCUAGACAGAGAGAAAAAAGACACAUACACGUUGACCAUUAAAGGAACCGACAUGGACGGAGCUUCAAACGGAAAUGUAGGGAUGGGGACGGCCAUCAUCAAAAUUCUUGACGUCAACGACAACAUUCCUACUUUGGAGAAACUCUUUUAUGAGUGCCGGGUGGAGGAAAACACUAAAAAUGUGGAAGUGAUGAGAAUUCAAGCGAUUGAUGCCGAUCUGAUCUAUUCUGAGAACUGGCUGGCGGUCUUCACAAUCGUGUCUGGAAACGAGGCCGGUUAUUUCUCCAUAACCACAGACAGCAAGACCAAUGAAGGCAUCCUGUUUCUCACUAAGGAACUGGACUAUGAGGAGCUGAAGGAAAUCAGGCUGCAGGUUUCUGUCUCUAACAAGGCGCAGUAUCACUCGUCAGUGGUCAUUACAGAGAGCAAGACGUAUACCAUCCAAGUCAGUGUGGUCAACCAGCCCGAGGGCCCUCGCUUCAAACCUGCAGUCAAAGUCAUCACCAUAUCUGAAGAAAGCACCACUAUUAUUUUAAAUAAAGUCAUAACCAACUACGCAGCCAUUGACAGCGACACACUAUUAGUUGCUACUAACGUGAGGUAUGCAAAAGGACAAGACGUCGACAACUGGCUGAUUAUAGAUAAGAGGACGGCUGAUAUAAGACUCAAUAAAAUUCCAGAUUAUGAGUCCAAGUUUCUAGUCAAUGGCACAUAUUAUGCCCACAUAAUCUGCAUUACCAAUGAAGUUCCAGCUAAAACUGCUACAGGAACCAUUGCCAUUCAAGUAAAGGACUUUAACGACCACUGUCCUGUGCUGGUCCAUCAGUCUCAAACACUGUGCCAUGAAGAGCACGUGGUUUAUGUCACGGCUUGGGACAAAGACCAUUUCCCCAAUGGAGCCCCCUUUGGUUUCAAUGUGGACACCAAACUAACAAAGGAGUCUUGGCGUGUCGAAUAUUUCAACGACACUACAGCGAUAUUCAGAUCUCAAACCACUCUAUGGCCCGGUGAGUACCAUGUGUUUGUGGAUGUGAGGGACCAGCAGGGGAAGAUCUGUGCUGCUCAGAUGCUUCACAUAGACGUCUGCACAUGUGACGCGUCGAAAGUUUGCCUGCCAGGAAAAACGGUCUCUAGAUUUGGAGUAUCUGGUGUUUUUCUAAUGUUGCUGGGACUGCUGCUUCUUCUGUUGGUUCCUCUUCUGCUGCUGUUCUGUGUUUGUGGAGGUGCAGCAGCUGCAGCCAAUUUCAAGACCAUCGCAUUUGAUGCUAAAGAGCAUCUUAUAGCAUACAACACUGAAGGACAGGGAGAGGACAAGAAAAUGGCUCUCUUACAGAUGUCAAAAGAGCGUGAUGACAUCAUUAAUGUGGACACUUUUGGAGGAGCUCAUAAGGGGAGUGAGGGAACUGCUGGAAAACAUCAUGGUGGAGUGAGAGCUGACGGCUCACAUUGGUCCUCUUUCUACCAAUAUGACCAGCGUGAUGGGGCAUAUCAUCACCACAAGAGUCAGACUAAUGGGGACUACAUGUAUACAAAAAGGAAAGAUGAAUAUAGCAGAUUUGAUGGCUAUGAUGGACUUGCACUGUCUGACGCUUUCUUAGGCAACUACUAUUCUCAAAAAACAGGCUAUGUGUCUAAGCAGCAAGAAAUGGGAGACUGUCUGAAGGUCUAUGACUACGAGGAUCAGGAAUCUCGCAUGGGCUCAUUGGAGGACAUCUGCAGUCUCUUGCAUGAAGACGAUGACCUUGCUUUUCUUGAUAACCUCAACAUAAGGUUCAAAACCCUGGCUGAGAUCAUUAGUGGUUCUACAAUGGAGUCUGAAAUGAGCACGGCCACCCAUGUGACCUCCAAACCGGUCCUAUCUACCACACACAAAGAUGACAAGGUACACGGGACGGCUAGUCUGCAACACUCUCAGCAGAAAGCUAGCUCUUCCGCCACCAUUCAUACGUCAGGAGCACAUCAGACCAGCAGCUCGUCCUCUACAGGAGUGUAUGUCCAUGAGAACGUGAUGGUUCCUAACCCGACUGUGUUAGUCCAGCAGCCUGCGUUGUACUACUCCUCCGCCACCCCCAUUUAUGUGGUUGAACCCCAUCCUACUGUGUUGGUGACGCCCAGCCCAUUCCUAGGCAUUCAGAAGAACAUGCUAGUGGAGGAGCAGAAGAGAUCGGAUGCCGCCUUGCGUGGAUCUGCCAGUCGUGAAAUGCAGCACUACCAGAGCGUAGUCCUCGUGGAGAAGCAGCCGAUCACUAAAGCGUCUGUUCAGGCUCAAGGGAGCGUCUCCGGAGGGGUUCAGAUUGUUAACACUGAAGUAAUGCACUCCUCGGAGUCUCGUGAGGUCAGACGGGUCGUUCCUCCGGUCAGAACGGUGAUGUCAGGAGGGGCCAGAGAGAGGGACGUUAUUGGCUCGUUGGAUAUGAGGUUUCCUCAGAGUCUGUAAGCAGUGUCGCGAUCUGUAAUAUAUCGGAUUGAUAAUUCCCUCCCACAUCUGUAAGUUCAUCUCCGCUCGCUGCUGAUUUAUAAUGAUUGAUUGAUUAACCUUUAUAGAACAAGUUCUUAUUUUCAACAACAGCUUGGGCCAGUUGUUCAAAGGUAAACUGAUCGGAUUUUGGUUAUCGGAUUGGAUCAAAUCUUGAAAAUGGGUUGUUCAAAAGGGAAAGAAGGGGGUCCAAUCAGGGAAUCCAAUCCUAGUUUUAAUCUGGAUCAAACCUUCAGUUUGUGUUGUUCAAAACUUGUCAGUGGGAUUUAGAUAACUUUGAUAAAAAAAAAAAAACAGGAUUAUCCUGAUCCCAACAGGGGGUAGGAUUUCAAGGCGGAUUUCAGUAAAAAAUUUUAGUAAAACUUUAAAAUUGGUCAAAUAAUACAUUUGUAUCAUUUAGUGUAUAUACUUUUAUUUAUAUUUUGCGCUUGACUUGUGUAACCGUUGUAUCAGUGAUAAAGUAGGUCAUAGGCUAACAAUUAAGCUAUUCAGGAUAGUAAAAUAAAAAUUAUCUUGUCCCCAUUUGUGUUUUGCCUCAAAAUAAGAAACACUUACAGUGACCCCAUGUUGGCUCUUCUACCUGUUCUGGUAGCCCACAUUGUGAUAUGUUGUCCCAUUAAGAGCACUGGUAAUCCGCAUUUGGUAAUCUUGAAAACUGUGUAUCUGGAUCAGGGUGAUCCAGUCCAA